GAGAGACGCACAGAGAGAAAUAUUGAUGUGAGAGAGACUCAUCGAUUGGUUGCUUCCCACAUGUGCCCCGACGAGGCUCAGUGGUAAAUAUGUUCUGUGCUCAUGAGUGUCAGCACCAUAUGGGGACCAUAUUGGCCUUUCAGGGUCAUGUGAAAAUUCAAUGGAUUAAUUUACGUAAAGCACUUAGAACAGUGCCUGGGACACAGCGAGUGCUAUAUACUUCGUUGCUACUGUUAUUACUGCUGCUCGGGCCACCGGUUCUUUUUAGCAGCACUAGAACGUGAACAAGGCCACCAGGCUUGCUCUAUUCGCUGCUGAACUGGGUAGAGAGCAGUUCUUUUGGGAUGAUUUCAUGUGGAUCUCAGGUUUUGGGUGGGAACAGGGAAUGGAUUUCAAGACAGUCCAUAGAGUGGCCUAGAUUGUUGGGUAUAAACUAAUUUAUUUUUCUUUGGAGUUUAUUAUUUAUUUCUUCCCGAUUUCUACCCCAAUGGCAUAGUCCUCAGUUUUGGACUACAGUGCUGAGUACACAAUGGGCACAUGUUUAAAGAUAGCACAGGUCCACUCCUAACAAGUUUUGAAACCCUGCUUCUGAAACAAUCUCAUUGGCCUGGGGGUUUGUCCGGGGAGCAGGGUGACUCCAGGGGCAUGCUCACCCUACUGUGAACCACAGGGACAUCUCUCCAAACAAAGCUGACCAGCAUCCUUUGUGCCUCAGUUCCCUCAUCUCCUCUGUGCUGCUCCCACUGCAGCCCCUCCGAACCACUGCUCCCUGGCCUGGCCCUGACUCCCCCUACAAACCUUCCACAGGAACCAGAGGGCCAAAUACUUUACCCACAGUUAGAUUUAUCUGUACCUGCAUUGGACACUUAUUUGGGGACUGCAUCCUGACUUCUUUCCUCCCGGACAGGCCUGACUCCCUUCUAGAAGCUGUGUCCCAGCCUCAUCUCCUGGGCUCUGGCAGGGCUGCCUGGGGGAUAGGGAGCGCUGGUCCACAGGACUCUGACAGAGGGGCGGUGCCUGGUGCGGUCCUGCAUGCCCUGCUGACCUUUGACUGCUGCUCUAAGCGGGCAGUGGCUCAUGGGGUGGCGCGAGAGGUCACGACAGCCUGGUGGGGGCUGCAGGGAGCUCUUCCCGAGGCAUCACCUUCACAGUGCAGGGCGUGUUUCCUUGUGGCUGGAGGGUGAGCUCUCCAGCUUCCCAUUGGUGUGCGUUCCCGUCUCUGUCCUGGCUGACCUGGGCCUCCCAGGUCUCCCUUCGUCACCCACCGAGUUUUCCGUCCCCAGGAAAGGGGCCCUGGAUUCUUUCUCCUCUUGUUGUAACUGCAUGGCCAGCUGGAUGCCUCACCGUGAACUGACUUCUGCUCAGACACACCCACCCACAAGCAGAAGCAGUGGUUUAGAGAGACCUUUGACCACCUGUGGGCAAUUGCCAAUUCUGCAGACGCCCGGGAGGCUGCCGUUCAUCUGGUGUCUGGUUGGCAGGUAUAUCGGAGCAUUUCUACUGAAGUGCCAUUCUGGGCUGAUGUGGUUCUGGGAUUUCGAAAGAUGACAGAGGCUGAGCUGAAGAAAUUCCCCCAACAUGUGUUUGGUCAUGCUUUUACAACGCUGAAACUGGAAGGUUCUGCCUACCUCCCAUGGCUGGAGAAAAGGGUAAAAGAGAGCGGGGCCGUGACACUCACCCGGCGAAUAGAAGACCUGUGGGAGCUUCAGCCGUCCUUCGACAUCGUGGUCAACUGUACAGGCCUUGGAAGCAGACAGCUUGUGGGAGACUUGGAGAUCUACCCCGUGAAGGGCCAGCUGCUUAAAGUGCAGGCUCCCUGGGUGAAGCACUUUAUCCGGGAUGGGAGUGGGCUGACGUACAUUUUCCCCGGUGUAUCCAACGUAAUCCUGGGUGGAAGCAGGCAAAGUGGAGACUGGAACUUGACCCCAGAUGCAGAAAUUAGCAGAGACAUUCUUUCCCGAUGCUGUGCUCUGGAGCCCUCCCUCCACGGAGCCUGGGACAUCAAGGAGACGGUGGGCUUGAGGCCCUACAGAGCAGGGGUUCGGCUGCAGAAGGAGCUCCUGGCCCGGGAUGGCCGGAGGCUGCCUGUGGUCCACCACUAUGGCCACGGGAGCGGGGGCUUCUCCAUGCACUGGGGGACAGCUCUGGAGGCCGCCAGGCUGCUGAACGAGUGUGUUCAAGCCCUCAGGACCCCCGCUCCCAAGCCAAAGAUAUAAGUGCCAAGAAAUGACAGCAAAUGGCCCAGGAGACUAUUGAUCAAAAUACAAUUUCUGUUAAUUAAAAACGAUACAAUGUGUAUGAGUAGGUUUAGGACUAUGCUAAUCUAAUCUAAUGCUAUUCUGGUACUAGAUUUACAUCUAUUACUAAUCACAUGGAACAUAGAGCUCUAUUUCUACUAAAAAUAAAGAUUUUGAUUAAAAAAAAAAAGAUGACUUUUAGACCUAGUGUCCAAGAAUCUAUGCUAAUUUGCAUGGGGAUUUCUGUAGGGAUUUCAACAUAUUUGGCUCAUAAAUCUACAGGAGGAGAUAAGGCAUGGAAAUCACUGAGCUCACUGGCUGCCCAUGAUGCUCACUGGUUGUAGUCGAAUGAGAUUAAAGUCCUUGUAAAUAAAAUCAUACGAUCAUGUGAUAUAAGUUUAUUACAGUUAAUGAAUGACUCCUGCUAGAAGAAUUCCUGGUAGAAGACACGGUGGCAUCAAUUACAUAGCUGUCUGGGCUCAGUUCCCUAAGGUCCAUACUUUGCAUCACCACAGGCAAUUGAGAGCCGGCUUGUUGUAUGGUGGACUGUGCCCAAGCAUUUCUGAAGACUGAAUAGCAUGUGCAGCCAAAGAGCUAAGUUGCUAAUUAAGAUGGAACAAUCGUUCUGAAUGAAAUAUACCCAGUGCUUUUCACAGGAUUU